AUGUAUUUAUUUUAUUCAUUCACAACCAUCAUUAUCGAGCAUAUUAUAUAUUCUAAUUAUUUCUUCGAACUGAUCCAUUCAAUGGACACGACCAGCAACAAUUCAGGUUUUGUUGGUAUUAAAUUUUGUCAAGAAUGCAAUAACAUGUUAUACCCAAAGGAAGACAAAGAGAAUCGAAUUUUACUCUAUGCAUGUCGUCGAUGCCAACAUCAACAAGCAGCAGAUAAUCCUUGCAUCUAUGUCAAUAAGAUUACACAUGAAAUUGAUGAAUUGACGCAAAUUGUCACAGAUGUUAUUUCGGAUCCAACAUUACCACGCACUUCUGAUCAUCCUUGCCCAAAAUGUCGAACAGCAGACGCGGUUUUCUUUCAAGCCCAAUCAGCUCGUAGUGAGGAUCGUAUGACACUUUAUUACGUAUGUCGAAAUCAACAUUGUCUUUAUCGAUGGACAGAAUAA